AUUCCGACAUUCUCAAGAGCAUGCCGGGCGACCAGUAAUUUUGUUAAGAUCGUGCUUUCCGGUGAUUGCUGUUUUUCCCCUCUAAACUGUGUCAUUUUAAUUUUAAUUGUGGUUCUUCAAUGCUAGUUGGUUGACAUGUACCAUCACACCAUCCAGAUUCUGGCAGUGUUUUGAUGUUUGGUUGAUGAAUUUUGCUUCUGGGAUGAAAUGAUGAACUGUGCCUUUCCUUUAAUUAUUUAUCUUUAUUUACAUAUGAGUAGCAUUAUGUGUCAUAAACAUGACUUUUAUGAACUAUUUUCAUCAUCCAAAAACUUGUCCUUACAAAAACCCCCCAAACAGGGUCUGUAAAAUGUAUAAACCUAAUUCUUCUUCCCCUUAAUAUUCCACAAAUAGAUCAUUAGUUAUCACUCCUACGUACUCCUACUUACUUAACAACAUAAUGUCACUUAACAAUAUAAUAGCGGCUGCUCCAAGAACUGGCGGGUACGUGGAUGGGUGGGUCUACGAAGAUCCCCGCCAUGGUCAACUCUCCAUUCGACUCAUAACUAAAGCUCUCGCUAUCCCCGAAGGAUUCUCCCAGACACUCGGCGACCACACUUUCACUCUACCCUUCGACCCCCUCCGCGUUCUGUCCUCGCCGGAAAACGCCUUCGCUUAUUUCUCCGCCGCGCUCGCCGGCGUCGUCGACCGGGUAGACGCCGCGGCGUUCGCCGCCCAGAUGGUCCGGUUCGCCCUCGAGAACGUCACCGUCCGAGGUUGCGUCCGGUUCGGGAUAUCCCUGUCGGCGGUCUUGGAGACGGUUUACGUCAUGGAGCCGGAGGCGCGGCCGAGGGCGCCGCUUCCGCCGGCGACUCGGGUGGCCGUGGAUGCGCUGGAUGAGUGGCUCAUGGACCACAUGUUUCGGACGUUUGAGAGCAGCUGGGGACCCGCCGCCGUAGGGCCUGGGUUGUCGGAAGAUGAGGUCGCCGCGCUGGAGAAAGAGAAGUUCGCCGGAGAGGAGGAGGAGGCGCCGUCGUGUGCUGUGUGCCUGGAGGAGUACAUGGAGGGUGACGUCAUCACUCCUUUGUCGUCUUCUUGUUCGCAUAACUUCCACAACGAGUGCAUAGCAAAGUGGUUGAGGAGGAAGAGGACUUGUCCCGUCUGCCGUGCUCCGGUCACCGGCGACCGUCAAAGCUGAAUAAUUAAUCAAGAGGAUUAGCCUUA